GCGGAAGUGUUCGGGCCAGAGGCGGGACCAGAGCCUAGAGGGGCUCGGGAUUGCGGAAGUUUAGUGAGGAGGGUCCGUCGGCUCACGGUGGAGUGUGGAGUUGAUUUAUAGUUCCGGAACCGAGGCUGCUGCUCGGGGUCCCAGAGCCACCAGCCUCCCGCGGUCUGCGGCUGUGACGUGGGGCGAGAUUCCAGGCACUGCUGCUGGCUGUCCUCGCCCCCUCGUUUGGCCGCCGGGAGCCGCUUCGGAUCUCCACCAUGGCAGCCACUGGCUCCAACCUCCAGAAAGCAAUAGAUCUUGCAAGCAAAGCGGCCCAGGAAGACAAAGCUGGGAACUAUGAGGAAGCCCUUCAACUCUAUCAACAUGCUGUUCAAUAUUUUCUCCAUGUUGUUAAAUAUGAAGCACAAGGUGAUAAAGCCAAACAAAGUAUUAGGGCCAAGUGUACAGAGUAUCUUGAUAGAGCAGAAAAACUAAAGGAGUAUCUGAAGAAAAAAGAGAAAAAACCACAGAAGCCAGUGAAAGAGGGACAACCAAGUCCACCUGAUGAGAAGGGGAAUGAAAGUGAUGGGGAAGCAGAAUCUGAUGAUCCUGAAAAAAAGAAACUACAAAAUCAACUUCAAGGUGCCAUUGUUAUAGAACGGCCAAAUGUGAAGUGGAGUGAUGUCGCUGGUCUUGAAGGAGCCAAAGAAGCACUUAAAGAGGCUGUGAUAUUGCCUAUUAAAUUUCCUCAUCUUUUUACAGGAAAGAGGACACCUUGGAGAGGAAUCUUACUAUUUGGGCCACCUGGAACAGGAAAAUCCUAUUUAGCCAAAGCUGUAGCAACAGAAGCAAACAACUCAACAUUUUUUUCAAUAUCUUCCUCGGACCUUGUUUCUAAAUGGCUGGGGGAAAGUGAAAAGCUAGUUAAGAACUUAUUCCAACUUGCCAGAGAGAACAAGCCUUCCAUUAUCUUCAUUGAUGAAAUUGACUCUCUCUGUGGUUCAAGAAGUGAAAAUGAAAGUGAAGCUGCUCGGAGAAUUAAGACAGAGUUCCUAGUUCAGAUGCAGGGAGUUGGUGUAGACAAUGAUGGAAUUUUGGUUCUGGGAGCUACAAAUAUACCUUGGGUCCUGGAUUCUGCCAUUAGGCGAAGAUUUGAAAAACGAAUUUACAUUCCUUUGCCUGAAGCUCAUGCCCGAGCAGCAAUGUUUAAACUGCACUUGGGCACCACUCAGAAUAGUCUCCAAGAAGUAGACUUCCAAGAACUUGGGAAGAAGACUGAUGGCUAUUCAGGGGCAGAUAUAAGCAUCAUUGUACGGGAUGCACUUAUGCAACCUGUUAGGAAAGUUCAGUCGGCUACUCACUUCAAAAGGGUUCGUGGGCCUUCAAGAGCCGAUCCUAACUGCAUCGUAGACGACCUGCUGACACCCUGCUCUCCAGGAGAUCCUGGGGCCAUUGAAAUGACAUGGAUGGAUGUCCCUGGAGAUAAACUCUUGGAGCCAGUUGUUUCUAUGUGGGAUAUGUUACGGUCUCUGUCUAGCACAAAACCUACAGUCAAUGAACAGGACUUAUUGAAAUUAAAGAAGUUUACAGAAGAUUUUGGCCAGGAAGGCUAAACCAAAGACAGCAAGGAACAUGUUCACUCUCUUUUCUUUCUUUCUUGGGUAUUUUUGCCUUUCUUGGAUGGCAUUCAGAUUUUUGCUGUAGAAGAACUCUUUUCUGACAGGGAAACAUGCAUCACACUUCAGAGUUCCCUUAAGUUUUGUGUUGUACUUUUCCUCUAUUACCUAUUAAAUGCUCCAGUUAACAAAAAUUGUAAAAUGAGUUAUAAGGAAAUGAGCAAUAUGUGAAUGACAUUUAAAAAAACAAAUUACCCAGUAAAAAGAGUGUUAAAUGUUGAUUGUCAUGCAAAUAUUUGGAAUUUUUCUGAGUGCUGGUCUUUGCAAAGAACAUUUUAUCAUUCUUUUACUAAAUUGAAAUAGGGCUUUAUAUUUUGAAAGAAAUUCUUAAACAUUCUUACCUAUGUACAGCUAUUUACUUUGCUAAAAAUUAAAAAUGACAGAAUCUUUACUCUCAGGGAUGGGCAAUAAAACAACAAAGAAUAAACAACAGCAAAAGCUGUGAUUGGUUCAGAAAGAUUUGGAAUUAGUGUACAGCCAGUGCUCCUAUAUUGAUUUUUUUAAUUGGUUGUGUUUUUUCUGUGUAUGACUAAAUGCUACCUUUCACUGUGCAAUCUCAAGAGAGACUUUCUAAAUUCAUCAUCUUUACCUUGAAGAAGAAAAUUGUCUACUUCAGUGUCUUUUUGUAGCAAGAUUGACCAAAAGAGGUGGUAAAUAAGUAUGAAUUUUUAAAUUACUGUCAUGAAAUACUGUAAAGGGAACCUUUGCUAAUAAGAAAAUGGCUUCCCUCUGGACGUGGGAACAUGUCCAGGUGUGUGUGUGUGUGUGUGUGUGUGUGUGUGUGUCUAAAAUUUUUUAAAUAUAGAAUAACAAGGGUUAUAUCUUAAACUUUUUACGUUCAGGGAACAGUUUGUCCUGGCCAUACAUACAUUAUUAGUGUGAUUUGUGAAGCUUUGGAAAUAAACUGAUGUCUCAUUAAAUAAUAAAUGUAAACGUGAUAUGUUAUUUUAAUGUCGUCAAAUAGUCUGAGGAUGGAUGUUACACACUUGCACAUCAAUACUAAGUUGUGCCUUCUACAUUUGCAUUGACUAUACAUGCAAAGUUAGUGGGUUAGCUAUAAUUACUAUGAAGUUUUACCUGGGAAACGCUGUCCAGUAACUUGCAUUUUAAAGUAUAUUUGCACAUUUUACAUAUUAUGCUAUAUGGUUGCCUUUGGUUUUCUGUACAGAUUAUUUUUGUUGAUAUUCAAUGAACAUCAUAGGCCUGAAAUAUACUGUUCUUAUGUGAAGUAAAUUACUAUAACCUA